AUGGUCGGCAGAAUCCUCUUCUGGAGCGGCUUCGGCUUCGCCGUUCGCUUCUGGCAGAUGGGCAUUGAGAUGCGCCCGUUCUUCAACAAGGAGUCCCUCUGGGCCUACCCUGUGUAUAUGCUCGGCGGUGGCAGCUUCGGCUACUGGCUCCAGGGCGUUGACGACCGUCAGUCGGCCUUCCUCAAGGAGCGCAAGUCGAUCCUUCUUGAGAAGCGCGCGAGGGCGGCGGCGCGCAAGACGGAGGAGGCCGAGCAAUAG